AUGCAGAAGCAAAAGAACAUGGAGUCCCAAGAAUGUGACUUCGAGGGUGACCACGACCGCGUCGGUGCUGUUGGUUACUCCCACACACGUGAUAAUCUUGUUGAAAAGGAGAGACAAGGCAAAGCAGUUGAUGAGCGAGCUGAAAGUGCGAUCGGCGAAAGAGAGAAUACUGGCGGAAAGGUCCAUCGGUUCUACUUUGUGAAACAACAUCCAUUCGAGAACCCAUACUUGGUCGCGACUGACAAGAUUGUUCAGCAUCGUUCUGUGAUCGAGCGAAAGAGGAUAAUGAAGAAGAUUGAGAGAGGCCGAUUAUACUUCUCGUUGCCCAAUUUGAGAUACCAGGCCCAAAUAGUGGGAAGCGAGGAUUUGAAGUUGCUGAAAUUAUCUAUGGACAAGCUAUGCUUCGCGAACAAACUGAGCAUCUGUAAAGCCAUCAAACCGGGCUCUUCAGUGGGCGAGAUCGAUAAUCUGAGCUUGCAUUUUGGAAUGCUUCAUGGUGGCAACAACCUGGCUGAUGAAAGGCGGAUCUUAAGAAAGACGAAGGAAGCCGAAAGGGAGGCAGAUCCAGGCGUGUCCAUGCAACAAUUGGACCAAAAGGUUCGGUGGUUGCGUUAUACGAAGCAUUGGGGAAGUCUCAGUUCAGAUGAGGAAAGGGAGGUCAGGGAAGAGAUGAAAGAACUUGAAUUGGCAAGGGAGGAGGCCAUAACAAGUGCUGCUUGCAAGGGGAAGAUGUGGGAAUCUAUGGGCUCAAAGCAAACCAUCAAAAAGAAAGUUCAACUCGCUAGAGGAAGGCACUCGUCGUUCAAUGCCAAAAUCUUCUUCGUCAAAAAAGAGUUGAAAUUGGUCGAAAAUGACUUGAGUUCUUUGGAGAAGGAACUGAUGUCCAUAGAACGAAUAAAGGGCGACGCCGACAAAUUCAUCCUCGAAUGGAGGAGAGAGCAACAAGAAGCAAAUGUCUGCUACAACCAACAUGUUCAACUCAUGGAAGCAGCAAGAGAACUUGCUGAGAAAAAAGACAUUGAAGCACUUCACGUUCUAUCUACUCAAGAGGUAGAAAAGUUCAUGCAUCGAUGGAACGGAGACGGACAAUUGAGGCGGGACUACGAGAGGAGGAUUCUAGCUUCGCUGAACGAGCGAGGGCUGAGCAGGGACGGAAGGAGAAGGAUUCGCAACGAGAGCCCGAUAGAUACCCAGGAGGCUCAGGAAAGCUAUACAAGCGCGGCGAAAGGAGGAGGAUCUUCGUGCAGAAAACCAGCAUUGAAGUAG